CAAAUAUCAGCUACUGAAAUCGACCGAGGUUUUUGAAACGUACGCGUCCUAGAGGAUCCGGGAUAAGCAAAGUAAUGACCUUAACUUUUCACUGUAAAGAGAUGCCCUGAACUAUGGUCAGGUGGAUAUGGUCCUAGGCAAUGCAUUACGAUCAGGGGUGGACAUUCAGUCUAUUUCGAAGGACAAGUACGUGCUGCGACGAAAGACUCACGUGGGAACCCAAUAUAUUAAAGUUCCAUUCUCACCCUUCACCGACGAACAGGAAUCUUCAAAUGUACUCUGGUCAACAGUUGAGGGACCCGUGCAACAUGGGAAGCCACUCAGUCGGUCACGUUCAGUAUGUAUUCGUUCCAAAACUUCUCCUCCCAAUAACUCAUUGAUCAGACAUAGUUGGCGUGAUGUGGACCGUUCGAUACCAAAUUACACUCGCUCGCCCUUCAGGAAAAGAUGGAUUCGGAGCGCUGUUAAAAAUGAAGCUUCUAUUUCCGAAGCCCAAAAGCAUGUAGUUACGCAAGUGGGAAGCAAAUCGGUUAUAUCCACCACUUCGCCUGAUUUGGGGGCUACUGCCUAUCAAGCAGCAUCCACUAAACAAACCCUUCAAAGUAACGCAACAGCUGCUCCAUCUGGAGCGGACUUUGUCAACCGAGCUGGAAAGUGCGAGGAUAAACGCAAGUGGAGAAGUUUUUCUAGGCUGAAAACUGUCUUAUUCCCAUCUGGGUUACGUGCACAGGCAACGGACGGUGUAGUGCGUGCGGUGAACACUCCGGUUCCGAGCAAGCCUGUAACCAACGCCUGCUCGCCUCAUGGGUGUCCAACAAAUCUCUCCUUUCAAACCAGUCAUCGGACUAGUUCCAACCUUAGCUGGUGGUCCAAGAAGGACAAGAGCAACAAGCCGCCAUGGUUUCCUGCUGGUAUGGGUGGAACGACCAGUCAUCAUAAACAAUUCAGAUCACUAGCUGAUAGGUUAAAAAUUUCCAACAUACUCCACAAAGUGGCUACCCAGAGACUUGCCGAAUCGCCACGGAUUAUUAAAGAGUCACCUCACGGUGCACUUAUGAAGGGGGGGCUGGAGAGCUUACCGACAUCCUUUUCUUCGCGCAUCCGCCCGGCCGGUUCUUGCCCCGCCCCCUGGGGUAAUCCCAGGGGGAAGCGGGAGAGCAAUUCUUGCCUCAUGGGAGGGACACGUGAUCCUGAGAUUAUCGAACAUCAGCAGUCGUCUAAUGCAGCCUUGAAAUGGAAAACCUCUCAGUUGGUUUCAGCCAAAAAUGCUUGUGUCACUCGGUGUCCCCAGAGGGGACCUAGAAGUGAUAAGGGUAUCCCGAAAACGUUAAUUGGGCGUACAUUGUCUAUGACGAAGAUAACGAAAAAGAAGGCUUCCACUCCCCCAUCUUCGCAUGCAAUUACUGGUUACAAAGACAGCGAAGACCUACGUUACAGGCGCAGUGGCAUCCGAUCAGUUAGCUCUACCGGGAGAUAUAGGAUGCAACGAACCAAUUCCGAGGGGGUUGUUGCGAAAUCCACAUCGACAAACGAGGCGAUUAAAGAACUGCUGGAUUCAACCGGUUCUUUUCUGCCUAAUUCAUCAGAAAUGUUAAUCACUCUGAAGCCACAACCAGCAGUUGAGACGCGAGUAACAAUCAAAAAAGAUAAACUCACAUCAGACACCGACCGGGCCUCUUCAGCAUUGGGAUUUAACGCAAAUGGCUCUUCAAGUAUACCUAGAGCACCUAACUCUGCGUCUCCGAAAAAACUGGAGACGAGCCCUCCAAUACAGCCUUCCAUUUUCCUUGCUCCAACACAGGAACCGUUUGGGGACUGGAAUGCGUCCACCACCUCUACUAGUCAAGCAGCUUCGGCCGGUCCAGUAACCUAUGCCUCAUUAUGGGACAGAACUGCCGAUGGUGAUGUUGCAUCUGAUGUCAUAAGUUCCACCUGCAUGGGAUCUUCCCUAGCUACCGUCCCAGGAUUACCCGGAGGUCCCAGAGAGGCUGAUGGAAGGUUGCAUCGAAGAUGUUCCCAGGGACGAACCUCUGGCUCCGAGGAAACACUAGUUUUGGUAACAGAUGCUCUGGAUCUAUCCGAUAACGCACAUUCCAGUAUGGCCAGCAAACUUAACUCCAUAAUUUAUGCAGAGGAGUUGAGCUUAACUACUGCUUGUAAAGCUGGCAAUGAACUAGAAGCGUGUGAACAUAGUAAAGCGAGCACUUGGAGCCCCAUGGUUGAAAAGGAGACCAGCCACAUUGAUAGUCCUCAGCUUGUAACUACUUUCAGAGAUGAUAGCCCCUUCUUCCUGCUAAGCGAAGGAGACUGUGAUUUGUCGCAUCGCUAUACUUCCGCAGAUGCGGACCUCGUGCGCCACUGUGUCACAGAACUGGUAUAUAAUGAAGUAAGACCACCUAGCACGAGAUCUGUACAGACAUACGUAGAUGUACCGAGUACUGGAAGAAAGUCGGAUGGGGCGAAAAUGGCUAGCGUGCCUAAAACAGAAGAACGCUAUGCAGCCAAUUGCAACAGGAACCAGAAGAAGUUCCUCAGGAAGCUCAAAUGGCCUGUGCGAAAUUUGUCCGCUAUGAAGAAAAACGGGACAAUGUAACGCUCACGAAUUUAUGCCAUUCACAAUGGGGAACAUAUAAUAUUAGCGGACUGUACAGUUCACACAGGUUCUUCGUGUUUGUGCUCUUCAUGUAAUGUGCCUUCGCUGGCUACAAUGGGAAGCAUUCCAUGAGCUUGCGUUCAACGAAACAUGAAAAAUAGUGGGAUAUAGUUACAAUGAUCGCUAGUCAAUUAUGACGAAAAUAAGCAUUUAUGUUUGCAGCAGUCUACGGAUAGACCUAGAGCUACAGUUGUCGUAAACAGAAAAAGGCACACAACUCAGGGAAAUUCGUGGCUUCGAGAAUAAUUAGUGGUUGUUAACCUAUACUCUUCCUUCUCAUCAUCAGCAGCAGCAAC